UCUACCGUCUAUUGGCUGCUGCAUCUGUCAAUACCGUCGCAGUGCAUCCCGGGAGCUGCAGUCCGGCAGCUUGUCUUGCUGGCGUGCGCCCGGGCGUGCGUGGUGGGCGGUUGAGCAGGUCGGAUCGCGCAGUUUACUUCCGGCCGGGAGGAUGAGAGAGUUUGGGGAGUCGCAAGUGCUGGUAUCUGACAUCCUUCAAGGUUGAGCCCUUUUUUUCAGCUGUGAGUCUCUGCACAUGUCUGAUACUCUCAUGUCGCAUGGAUUCCAGAAAGACACUCCUUGCAGGAGAACAUGGCCUCCCAGUGAUGUGAGAAGAGAUGUAAUCUGAUCUCCAGGGUACAGUGGCAACAGAGUAAGCCAGUUUGUUGAAGCAAAUGAUGGCUGCAGAAAAUAGUCUUCAGGCACACUCAUCCUCAAGCAGAGAUCCCACACAGGGCCAGAAAUCAGCCCCCCAAGGUAACAGCCCUGACUCCGAGGCCUCCCGUCAGCGCUUCAGGCAGUUUUGCUACCAGGAGGUAACUGGCCCCCAUGAAGCUUUUAGCAAACUCUGGGAACUCUGUUGUCAGUGGCUGAGGCCUAAGACACACUCAAAAGAGGAAAUCCUGGAGCUGCUGGUUUUGGAGCAGUUUCUGACUAUCUUGCCAGAGGAGAUCCAGACCUGGGUGAGGGAGCAGCAUCCAGAAAACGGCGAUGAAGCUGUGGCUCUGGUUGAGGAUGUACAGAGAGCUCCUGGACAGCAGGUCCCAGAUUCUGAGAAGGACUUGAAAGGACUCAUGGAGGAGAUGGCCCCUUUGGGAGCAACCAGAGAAUCACUGAGAUACCACUGGAAACAGGAGGUUCAGCCAGAGGAGCCAACUUUGAAGGGAUCACAGAGCUCACACCAAAGACCAGGGGAACAGUCAGAAGCCUGGCCUGCUCCUCAGGCUCCCGGGAACCUGCCCCAAAACACAGGUCUCCACGACCAGGAGACAGGUGCUGUGGUCUUGACAGCUGGGUUCCAGGGACCAGCCACAUGUGAUGACAGAGCUGUAUCCCUCUGUCAGCAAGAAUGGAUGUGCCCAGGCCCUGCACGAAGGGCCCUCUACAGGGAUGCCACACAGGAGGACAGACAUGUCUCGCUGGCAACAGGUGUGCCCUGGGGCUAUGAAGAGACCAGGACACUCCUGGCUAUUCUUAGUAGUUCUCAGUUUUAUGGAAAACUCCAGACCUGUCAGCAGAACAGCCAGAUCUACAGGGCCAUGGCGGAACGACUCUGGGAGCAGGGCUUUCUGCGGACCCCAGAACAGUGUCGAACCAAGUUCAAAAGCCUACAGUUGAGUUACUGCAAAGUGAGGAGAGGCUAUGUGCCUGAGCCUUGUAUCUUUUAUGAGGAAAUGGAUGCUUUUUCAAACUCCUGGGCCUCUGUGCCUCCUAUGGCAAGCGAUGCUGUUCCUGACCAAAAAGGAAGUGAUAUCGAGGCUGGAGAGCUGAGUCACCAGAAUGGGGAGCGCACAGAGGUAGAAGAUGGCACUGUGGAUGGUGCAGACAGGGAUGAAAAGGACUUCAGCAAUCCUGGCCAGGAAGUCAGGAAACUUGACCUGCCAGUGCUGUUCCCAAACAGACUUGGUUUUGAGAUCAAGAAUGAGAUUAAAAAAGAAAAUCUAAAAUGGGAUGAUUCAGAGGAAGUAGAAAUGAACAAGGCUUUACAGAGAAAGUCUAGAGGAGAAGUUUUCUGGCACUCUGGGCUACAAAAAGACAUGGAGAGUGAGCCUACAUCAAGAAGGCAAUGUAGAAACUCACCAGGGGAGAGUGAGGAGAAACCCCCAUCCCAGGAAACGAUGAGUCACCAGAGUUUUUGUGCCAGGGACAAAGUCUGUACACAUAUCCUGUGUGGGAAAAACUGCUCUCAGAGUGUACACUCUCCCCACAAGCCAGCGCUCGAACUGGAAAAAGUAUCUCAGUGUCCUGAAUGUGGGAAAACCUUUAGCCGAAGUUCUUAUCUUGUUCGACAUCAGAGAAUCCACACCGGCGAGAAGCCUCACAAGUGCAAUGAGUGUGGGAAAGGCUUUAGUGAGCGCUCCAACCUCACUGCCCACCUACGAAUUCACACAGGGGAGAGGCCCUACCAGUGUGGGCAGUGUGGGAAAAGUUUCAACCAGAGUUCCAGCCUCAUUGUCCACCACAGGACCCAUACAGGGGAGAAGCCUUACCAGUGCAUUGUCUGUGGAAAAAGAUUUAACAACAGUUCCCAGUUCAGUGCUCACCGGCGUGUCCACACUGGGGAGAGCCCAUACAAGUGUGCAGAGUGUGGGAAGAGCUUCAACAACAGCUCCCACUUCAGUGCCCACCAGAAAAUCCACACUGGUGAAACGCCUUACUAGUGUUCUCACUGUGAGAAAAGCUUCACUAAGAACUCCGCCCUCAUUCGUCAUCAGACAGUACACACAAAAGUAGUACUCUCAUCACAGGAAGGAAGAGAUGUGUUAUGAGUGUGUAGGAAACCUGUCAUAUCAGUUCCUUAGGUCAGUGUGUAUGUGUUCCUUAGAGCUUUCUUCUGUGGAGAGAUCUAGCCAGUCCCUGACUUAGCAACAGACUUACUAACUACUGGAUCUUAAGAUCCAUGUCCAGGAACAGGAGUCAGCAUAAGGAUGCUGACCUCUUCUUCUGGUUGUGGCUGUGACUCCAAAGUCCUGUCUUACUGUGACUUAAAGUCUGAUGGAGAGAAAGUUGUAGGAUCCAUAAAUUCUGCCAGGAAACCAGGAUCUUCGUGUUCCUAACACUGAGAAUGGGCACCCAGUGGUCUGAGAACACUUUCUGAGCUAAUGUGGUCCUCACACAGGGCUGAGAAAGAAAGUGUCCCUGCUCCUGGGAAGCACAUGUAGAAGUUAAGAGCCUGAAUCUCUUCUUAACCUAUAAUUGACCUGUAGGCACCCACCAUACUACUGCUACCUUCAGGGCAGAAGAUACUACUUUUUAUAACCUAGCCAUCACAAAAGGAAAGAAGGAGGGUUAAGCCAUUGGAUAAUCUGAAUUUGUUUCCCUAAGUGACUUAAUCUUAGAGCAAGCAUAGCAUCCAGGUUAAUUUUUGUAAGAUUUCUCCUUUUAUUAUCACCCUCAUCAUAGUUCCCAAUUGACUCUUAAAAGUAAGUGGUUUAUAGAUAUUACUAUUUCUGAUAAUAGUUUACAAACUACUAUAAACAAAUUUAUAAACAUUACUGUUUCUGAAGAAAAUAAAGUUGUUUCUCCCUCCACUUCCUUGG